AUGCUAUGCCUCCUCCACCGCGGCGCGCGCAUCGCCGCCACCUCAUCCCCUCGUCUCUUCACCCACUCCGCCCUCGCCCUCCAAAAGCCCAUGCCCUCCCGUCCCAAACCCCCUCCCGACUCCGAGCUCGAAGAGUCCUACCUCAAAGGCAGCGGCCCCGGCGGUCAAAAAAUCAACAAAACCAACUCGGCGGUGCAGAUCAAGCACAUCCCCACCGGCAUCGUGGUCAAGUCGCAGGCCACGCGCUCCCGCUCGCAGAACCGCAAGAUUGCGCGCGAGAUCCUGGCCGAGCGGCUGGACGACCUGCGCAACGGCGCGGAGAGCCGCGCGGGCGUGGUCGGCGCGGUCCGCAAAAGGAGGGCGGACAGCGCGGCAAAGAAGAGCAGGCGCAAGUAUAGGAAGUUGGACGAGGAUAGGGCGGCGGCGGCGGAGGAGGAGGAGGAGGGCGGGGGGCAUGCAGUGCCACGGACAGAAGCAGAGACAAGGCGAGUUCCCGGGAACGGAAGUGACGGGUCGGGCCACAAGUCAGCAGAAGAGCCAGUCAACGGCAAAAGCGAAUCGUCGCAAACAAGCCAUGAUGCAUCAUCAGGCCAGUCGCCAGUUGACUCAACAAGAUAG